AUAUUUGUGAGACCCAAAAACCAAAUUUAUAUUUUCACCUGUGUCGCCGCUCGCCUCUACUCUCUUCUUUCUGCCACUGUUCCCCCCUUUGCUCUCAUCUGAAUAUGUUAAAUAACUAAUCUCUUCCAUCUUUCUAACCCUAAGAACUUCCAUCACCAUCGAUUCACCUUUUCCUCUCUACUGCCUCGUUAAUGGCUUCUCCAGUGGCCUAAUUGAGCUAUAGUGGUCAGUAAGCUUCACAUAUAAGUUGGUAAGUGCAAAUUAUGGAACAAGCAGAGCCAGGCUGCAGUGGAGCAGAAGCAGUGUUAAAUCUUCAACCCAACUCUUCAAUUGCUAUUGCUUAUCACCCUCUCUUUGGUACUCAUGAUGAUCUGAUGCUCCUUGAGCUUGACGAGAAACUCCUUCCCGAGGUACUUCAACAAAGGGUUACUUUAAGAGGUCAACCGGAUGAAGACGCAGUUCUUUGCACUCAGUCGAAAACUUACGCCAUAAAGUUUGUUGGAACUUCUAAUUCUUCUUUCCUUAUACCCCCAUCAGAUCAAUUUGCACUGUCAGAAAGUUCACUAGAUUGCAAUGGCAAAUUUCAUGACCAGCAACUUCUUGCACCUGUCAUUAAGGUUGCACCUGGUAACAUGGAACUCGUUGAAGUUUCUCCAAAGCUUGAUAAGCUCAAGUUGCUUCUCUUACAGAAUCCCCUCAGGUCUGAGGAGGUCCUAGAAACGCAGGAUUUGGAUGUGGAAAAAAAUACAACUGGAUUGUAUAGAUGGGAUGAUCUUGUCGACAGAGUUCAGGCGAGCAAUGAUGAACUGAGAACUAGUUUGUUAGCUCUUUCAGCUGUAGAGAUUGAUGGUUAUUGGAGAGUUGUCGAUGAGAAGUACAUGGACAUCAUUCUAAGGAUGCUUUUGCACAAUUUGGUAUUGAAUGACUGGUCAUUAGAUGCACUUAAUGAAGGUGAAGUUGUGAGUGUGCUAGCUUCUGAUGGAUUUCCGCCCAAGCUUGCCCGCCAUUGUUUGGAUGUUUAUGGUAGCAAGAUCGAUGGCGUUGUGGGCACAAGUAACAUGUGGAAGUUGGAUGAAAGGCGAGUAUGUGUGCAUUUUGCAAGAGAGAUUUUGAAAGCGGGGAAAAAGAAGAUGGAAAAUUUUAUGGGAGAAUGGCUGAAAGAGAUUCCAGAUGGUAUGCAGGCAAGUUUUGAUAUGUUGGAAGGUGAGGUUUUGACAGAGAAACUUGGUGUCGACAUGUGGGUUCGAGCAUUCAGUGUUUCUUCUUUGCCGUCAACUCCAGCUGAGCGCUUCCUCAUGCUCUUUAGGGAGCGGGCAAAAUGGGAGUGGAAAGAUUUAUACCCAUACAUCAGGGAUCUAAAGGUACCUGGUCUUUCUUCUGAAGCUUUGUUGCUCAAAUACACAAGAAGAUCGCAACCGAGCCCUGAUGCUGAACCUAUUUUUAGUGCCAGAUAGUGCCAAAUGGUGCCCUUGCUGGUUUUUUAAGGCACUUUGCAACCUAAUAAGUGAAUUGUUUCAAGUGGUUUAGGUUGUGCAUACUUUUUUGUUAUAUAUGAGAUCUGGUCGGUCAUACAAUCUAGGAAACUAAAGCGAGAGUGUGAGCACAUUUGUUAUGUGAUUAGUGUUGCUUCAGUGUCAAUUGAAGCUGCAACAGUUACUCAAGUCUCUCGCUAAGCUAGUUAGUUUCAUCGAAGGAGACAGUAGAAGAGCUUCCUGGACCCAUUAGUUCUGACUAAUUUUUCCUUUUUGCUGUAACGAGUUGUUUCUUUCCUGUUAAGAUUGAAUGGGAUUAUUUUUUUCAAUUA